AUGGCGCCCAACGACGAUGUCGAGCGGCCGCGUGCCAGCUCUGCCGCUGAGCGGCAAAAAUCAAUCGUCUCCAUGACCGAGUUCGAGGGCAUGGACGAGUACACUGCCCUGCAAAAGUACAUCCUUUUCUACCGCGACGCGAGGACGAACCCGCACGCAGAGAAGACGAUCAAGAAGAAGGCCUGGUGGCAGUUCUGGAAGUCUGGCUCUGCGACGGCUGCUGUUCCUGCCGCCGACCCCGGCGCUGUUCCUGACGAGUGUAAGUCUCUUUCCUUCGUUCAAUUCCAUCCCAUUUCGAAUCAACAAUGGCUUGCGCCUGCGAUGGCGACUGUCGCAAUGCGCUUUGCCCACGCACCGCCAGCUGCCCUUGGUCCGGCUGCUCAUCUGGCGCGCGUUUUUCAUGGCUACUUGAGGAGGUGGUCCGCGCUCAAGCUCCCCCAGCUUGCAAGCGACAGCAGCGGUGGAGCCAAACCACGCACCAACGCUGCCAGCUCCACCAAGCUACCCGGGGAGCAGCACGGCAGCUUGCGCUAUUGGCAGCCUCAUCCAGUCCUCAACACCGAGCUCCGUACUGGUCUCACCACCACUGAGGUUGAGUCCCGUCGCAAGCGCUAUGGCUUCAACGAGAUUUCGUCUGAGAAGACCAAUCUUCUCAAGCAGUUCAUCGGUUACUUCACUGGUCCUAUUCUAUAUGUCAUGGAGCUCGCUGCCCUUCUCGCUGCCGGUCUCCAGGAUUGGAUCGAUUUUGGUGUUAUUUGCGGUAUCUUGUUGCUCAACGCUAUUGUCGGUUGGUACCAGGAGAAGCAGGCUGCUGAUGUUGUCGCUUCGCUCAAGGGUGACAUUGCCAUGAAGGCAACUGUCGUUCGUGACAACCAGCAGCAGACCAUUCUUGCUCGAGAGCUGGUUCCUGGUGACAUUGUCGUCGUAGAGGAGGGUCAAACUGUCCCCGGUGAUGUCCGUCUUAUCUGCGGCUACGAUCACCCCGAAGACUUCGAGUUGUACAUGAAACUCAAGGCCGAGGACAAGUUCCACGACGGCGACCCAGAGGACGAAAAGGAUGACGAGAUUGACGAGGAGAAGUUCGACGAGGAGAACCCCAUCACUCAGGGCCACCCUCUUGUUGCCUGCGAUCAAUCGUCCAUCACUGGUGAAUCCCUCGCUGUCGAUAAGUACAUGGGAGAAGUCGCUUACUACACCACUGGUUGCAAGCGUGGCAAGGCCUACGGUAUCGUCAUCACCACUGCCAAGCACUCCUUCGUUGGACGUACUGCCUCUCUUGUGCAGGGUGCUCAGGAUCAGGGUCACUUCAAGGCUAUCAUGAACUCCAUCGGCACGGCGCUCCUUGUCUUGGUCAUGUUCUUCAUCUUGCUCGCCUGGAUCGGUGGUUUCUUCCGCAACAUUCCCAUCUCCAAGGCUCGUGAAGGAACUGACAAGUCCGUCACCCUGCUCCACUACGCCUUGAUCAUGUUCAUUGUCGGUGUCCCUGUCGGUCUGCCUGUUGUCACCACCACAACUCUCGCUGUCGGUGCUGCUUACCUCGCUGAGCAAAAGGCCAUUGUUCAGAAGCUCACUGCCAUCGAGUCCCUCGCUGGUGUUGACGUGCUCUGCUCUGACAAGACCGGAACUCUUACCGCUAACCAGCUGUCUCUCCGUGAGCCCUACGUCGCUGAGGGCCAGGAUGUCAACUGGAUGAUGGCUGUUGCUGCUCUCGCUUCUUCGCACAAUCUCAAGUCGCUUGACCCAAUUGACAAGGUCACCAUCCUCACCAUCCGUCGUUAUCCCAAGGCGCGUGAGAUCCUCAACAUGGGCUGGAAGACUGAGAAGUUCACACCCUUUGACCCCGUCUCCAAGCGCAUUACUGCUGUCUGCCAUAUGGGUGGUGACAAGUACGUCUGUGCUAAGGGUGCCCCCAAGGCUAUUGUCAACCUUGCCAACUGCGACGAGAUCACCGCUACCCUCUACAAGGAGAAGGCCGCCGAGUUCGCUCGUCGUGGUUUCCGUUCCCUCGGUGUCGCGUACCAGAAGAAUGAUGGUGACUGGAUCCUUCUCGGUCUCUUGUCCAUGUUCGACCCUCCUCGCGAGGACACCGCCCAGACCAUCGUUGAGGCUCAGCAGCUCGGUGUGCCUGUCAAGAUGUUGACUGGUGACGCCAUCGCCAUUGCUAAGGAGACAUGCAAGAUGCUUGCUCUCGGUACCAAGGUCUACAACUCCUCUAAGCUCAUUCACGGUGGUCUCACGGGUACUACCCAGCACGAUCUCGUCGAGCGCGCAGACGGUUUCGCCGAAGUCUUCCCCGAACACAAGUACCAGGUCGUCGAGAUGUUGCAACAGCGUGGUCACUUGACCGCCAUGACUGGUGACGGUGUCAAUGACGCUCCUUCCCUGAAGAAGUCUGACUGCGGUAUUGCUGUCGAAGGAUCCACCGAGGCUGCUCAGGCUGCCGCCGAUAUCGUCUUCCUCGCCCCCGGUCUGUCCACGAUUGUCUUGGCCAUCAAGACUGCUCGCCAGAUUUUCCAGCGCAUGAAGGCAUACAUUCAGUACCGUAUCGCGCUCUGCUUGCACUUGGAAGUCUACCUCGUCACCUCGAUGAUCAUCCUCAACGAGACCAUCCGUGCCGAGCUCAUUGUCUUCCUUGCCCUCUUCGCAGAUUUGGCCACUGUUGCCGUCGCGUAUGACAAUGCUCACUCUGAACCCCGCCCCGUCGAAUGGCAGUUGCCCAAGAUCUGGCUGAUUUCCGUCGUCCUCGGUCUUCUCCUCGCUCUCGGCACAUGGGUCAUCCGUGGCGCUCUCUUCCUCCCCAACGGUGGUAUCAUCCAGAACUUUGGUGCCAUUCAGCCCAUCCUCUUCCUCGAGGUAGCCCUGACCGAAAAUUGGCUCAUCUUCGUGACCCGUGGUGGAAAGACAUUCCCCUCGUUUCAGCUCAUCAUCGCCAUUCUCGGUGUCGACGCUCUUGCCACCAUCUUCACUGUGUUUGGAUGGAUGUCUGGCGAGCCAUACCAGACCAACCCCCCUACGAACAACACCAAGUUCCGUGACAAUGGCUGGGUCGACAUUGUUACCGUUGUUGUUAUCUGGGCUUACUCUAUUGGUGUCACCAUCAUCAUUGCUAUUGUCUACUACCUGCUCAACCGCAUCGCAUGGCUGGAUACGCUCGGCCGCAAGGACCGUAGCCGCAAGAAUCCUGCGAUUGAGAACAUGAUUGCUGCUCUCAGUAAGUUGUCUCUCGAGCACGGAACGGACAAGAACGGAACCACGCGUUAUGUCCUUGCUCCGCGUGCUGUUGAGGAGGAGGAUGAUGAGUAA